UGUGGAGCUCGCGCUGUAGUAAAUAAAUUGUACCAGAAGAUGGAGACGCCAAAGCUUGUGAACGUCCCAAAAGCUCCUCCAUUAGGUCGUAAUUUAUAAACGCUGUCGUAAGGGACUUAGACACGCCCCUUUCAUCAAACCACGCCCUUCGCUGAUCUUCACCGGUGUGCACGCCACGCGCCCAUCUGACAUGGAGGAGAGUGGCGCCGUCGCCUCAGUUUCACACGAAAAGAUGAUGUGCGAGGUGAUGCCCACGAUCAGCGAAGACACAGCGCUGAGUCAGCGCGGGUCCCAGAGCAGCGCCUCUGACCCAGACUCCCACUUUGAGCAGUUGAUGGUGAACAUGCUGGACGAGAGGGACCGUCUACUGGACACCCUACGAGAAACACAGGAGAGCCUCGCCCUUUCCCAACAACACCUCCAGGAUGUCAUUUACGACCGGGACUCACUGCAGCGUCAGCUCAGCUCCGCACUGCCACAGGAGUUUGCCGCCCUGACGAAGGAGCUCAACGCCUGCAGAGAGCAGCUGCUGGAGAAGGAGGAGGAGAUAUCUGAGCUAAAGGCCGAGAGGAACAACACAAGACUGCUGUUGGAGCAUCUGGAGUGUUUGGUGUCAAGGCAUGAACGGUCUCUGCGCAUGACGGUGGUCAAACGUCAGGCUCAGUCUCCUUCUGGGGUCUCCAGCGAGGUGGAAGUCCUCAAAGCCCUCAAGUCUCUGUUCGAGCAUCACAAAGCACUGGAUGAGAAGGUACGAGAGAGAUUGCGGGUGUCAUUGGAGAGGGUCUCCGCCUUGGAGGAGGAGUUAACUGCAGCCAAUCAGGAGAUCGUAGCUUUAAGGGAGCAGAAUGCACACAUUCAGAGGAAGGUGGCAUCAGGAGAGGGGGCUGAGGAUUUGCUGGAGGGUACAGAUGCACAGAAAGUCCAUGGCAAGCGGUUGUCUAACGGGUCGAUGGAGUCCGGGGACGAGGCCAGUCAGGUUGUGGAGCUGCAGGAGCUGCUGGAGAAACAGAACUACGAGCUGGCGCAGAUGAAGGAGCGCAUGUCUUCGCUCUCCUCCCGCGUGUCCGAGGUGGAGCAGGAGCUUGAGACGGCCCGUAAAGACCUCAUCAAGACCGAAGACAUGAACAACAGGUUCCAGAGAGAUAUCAAAGAGGCUAUGUGUCAAAAGGAAGACAUGGAAGAACGGAUCGUGACGCUUGAGAAGCGCUAUCUCAGUGCCCAGAGAGAGUCCACGUCACUGCACGACAUCACAGACAAGCUGGAAAACGAACUGGCCAAUAAGGAGGCGUUCCUUAGACAGAUGGAAGAGAAGAACAGGCAGUUACAGGAGCGGCUGGAGCUGGCGGAACAGAAGCUCCAGCAGACAAUGAGGAAAGCUGAAACACUGCCUGAAGUUGAGGCCGAGCUCGCACAGAGGAUAGCAGCUCUCACCAAGGCGGAAGAGAGGCACGGCAGUAUCGAGGAGCGUAUGAGACAUUUAGAGGGACAGCUGGAAGAGAAGAACCAAGAGCUUCUAAGGGCCCGACAGAGAGAAAAGAUGAACGAAGAGCACAACAAGCGUUUGUCAGACACGGUGGACAGACUUCUAACCGAGUCAAAUGAGCGAUUACAGCUCCAUCUGAAAGAAAGAAUGUCCGCUCUCGAGGAGAAGAAUGUUUUGAUACAAGACUCUGAGAGUUAUAGGAAACAGUUAGAAGACUCCAUUCAAGAGAAGUCUCAUCUCUCAGAGGAGAUGGAGAAACUGAGAUCUGACUUGGAUCAGUACCGGUUGAGGGCUGGAUCCCUUACAGAGCCCACACUAUCACGGUCUCAUCUGGACGCAUCCGGAGACCUUCGCUAUUCUCUGGGCUCUCUGGCCGAGACGCAGUCAGACCACUAUCGCUCCACCAAGGUAACACGGAGGCCCCGGAGAGGACGCAUGGGACUUCGUAGGGAGGAACAGAAGGCGAAGUCUCUGGGAGAGCACGAAUGGCGAUCUCAGCAGCUUGGCAUUCUGGGAGGCCACCCAUUCGAGAGUGACACAGAGAUGUCAGAUAUCGAUGACGAUGACCGGGAGACCCUCUUCAGCUCAAUGGAUCUGCUGUCUCCUGGCGGUCAUUCCGAUGCUCAGACUCUGGCAAUGAUGCUGCAGGAACAGUUGGAUGCCAUCAAUAAAGAGAUCCGGCUGAUCCAGGAGGAGAAAGAGUCGACGGAACUGAGGGCAGAGGAAAUCGAGAACCGCGUGGCCAGCGUCAGCCUGGAGGGGCUGAAUUUGGCGCGGAUGCACCAUCCUGGAGCCUCCAUCACUGCCUCUGCCACCGCCUCAUCUCUUGCCUCCUCCUCCCCUCCCAGCGGACACUCCUCCCCUAAACUCACGCCCCGAAGCCCCGCCCGCGACAUGGAGCGAAUGGGCGUCAUGACCCUGCCCAGCGACCUAAGGAAACACAGGAGGAAGAUCGCAGCAGUGGACGAGGACGGUCGCGAGGACAAGGCCACCAUCAAAUGCGAGACCUCUCCACCCUCCACGCCUCGCCAAGUCCGCAUGACACACACGCUACCUGCUUCCUCUCACAAUGAUGCACGCCUGACAGCUGCAUUAGAGUCGGAGGCUCUGAGCAGUGUAGCCAGCAGUCAAGACUCCCUUCACAAGCAGCCAAAGAAGAAAGGAAUCAAGUCCUCCAUCGGUCGACUGUUCGGCAAGAAAGAGAAAGCCAGACUGGGACAGCUGGGAAAAGAAUUCAUGGGGCCAGGACAAGGAAACAUGUCCGAUCCUGAGCUUAUGGGUCAGGAUAUCGCUGUGGGAAAGCUAGGAACACAGGCGGAGAAAGACCGCCGCCUUAAGAAGAAGCACGAGUUGUUGGAAGAAGCCAGGAGGAAAGGAUUACCCUUUGCUCAGUGGGACGGCCCUACGGUUGUCUCGUGGUUGGAGCUGUGGCUGGGAAUGCCAGCGUGGUACGUGGCGGCAUGUCGUGCCAAUGUCAAAAGCGGUGCUAUUAUGUCGGCCCUUUCGGAUACCGAGAUCCAGAGAGAGAUCGGCAUCAGUAACCCGCUGCACCGUCUCAAACUACGCCUGGCCAUUCAGGAGAUGGUCUCGCUCACAAGCCCCUCCGCUCCACCCACGUCUAGAACCGCGUCGGGUAACGUGUGGGUAACCCACGAGGAAAUGCAGACCCUUGCCGCCCCCUCGAAAACGAAGUCCGAGUUGGAAGAGGGAAGCUGGUCACAGACACUCGCGUACGGUGACAUGAACCACGAGUGGAUCGGAAACGAGUGGCUACCCAGUCUAGGUCUACCUCAGUACCGCAGCUACUUCAUGGAGUGUUUGGUGGACGCACGCAUGCUGGACCACCUCACCAAGAAAGACCUCAGAGUGCAUUUAAAAAUGGUGGACAGCUUUCACAGAACCAGUCUCCAGUACGGCAUCAUGUGUUUGAAGAAGCUCAACUAUGACAGAAAAGAGCUGGAGAGACGCAGAGAGACUAGCCAGCAUGAAAUAAGAGACGUGCUAGCGUGGACUAACGAGCGCGUGAUUCGCUGGGUUCAAAGCAUCGGUCUCCGCGACUACGCCAACAUCCUGUUAGAGAGCGGCGUGCACGGAGCGCUCGUUGCGCUCGAUGACAACUUUGACUACAGCAGCCUGGCCCUCCUGCUGCAAAUCCCCAACCAAAACACUCAGGCUAGACAGAUUCUUGAAAGAGAAUACAACAACCUGCUGGCACUGGGAACGGAGAGACGGUUAGAUGAGUGCGAUGAAAAAGACUUCAGAGGGCCGUCGUGGAGGAGGCAGUUUCCUCCGAGGGACGUCCACGGGAUCAGCAUGAUGCCCGGCUCAGCAGAGACACUGCCCGCUGGCUUCCGUCUCACUGCCACCUCUGCGCAUUCGCGCCGACUGCCGCCAGAGGUCGGCCCGUCUGCGGUACAGCGUCUGGACACUUCCACUGUGAGGACCUACUCGUGUUGAGAGGAGAUAAAGACGUAAGCUGUGAGUCUUCAAUUCUCAAACAUUCUCAAACGCGGAAACACCCUAAAAGGAAUAGUUCGCCCAAAAAUGAAAAUUCACAUCUUUUUCUCACCCCGCCAUUCAAUCCUGUGCCACUUUCUUUCUUACGCAAAACACUAAGGACAUUUGGAACAAUGUUAAUAUCCGAACGACGUCAUCUACUUUAUGGACACAAAACCCAUGCGAGUCGAGCGGUACCAUAUAUUUUCACUUCUGAAGAACAAAUUACAGGACGGUGAGUACAUAAUGACAAGUCUUUACUUUUUGGGCGGACUGUACCUUCAGAGCCAAAAAAACCUGUCAGGCUUGCCACCAUUUAAACCCCUUAAGAAGGCAUCGCAAUCGCUAACGCAAAAACUAAAUACUGUCGAGAACGCCGCUGUCGUGACAUAAACUAGCUUUUAAAAGUUCCGUAAACCUUUCACCGCUCUCCCCAAAUCACAAAUUGCACCCCACCCAAUUCCCGUGUAAUGCCUAUCCGUUCUCGCAACUAAUUGUACACCUUUUGUGUUUCAGAUCAAUUUAGAAGAAGUACCUUCAAGUCGCCGGAAGAGUCGUUUGGCCUGCACGAACAAUUCCGAUGAGUCACACUGCCAAGAGAACAAAACAAGCCCCGGAGGACGGGGCGAGGAGGGGGGAACGGCGUGCCAGCCCCCCGCCCCCUCCACUGCACUUAACGAGCCGAGGCCCGAUCCGGGGCACCCCCCGCAGGUGCUACGCGCGCUCUCUCUCGCCCUUUCUACCUUUUACACCACGCCAAGCUCAUCCGGCUUAUGUACUGUGUAUUUCUUCUAAGUACAGCUGUAAAUUACUAUAAAUAAAGACCUUUUAUACAUAUAUAUAAAAAUAAUAUAUAUAUACGUCUGUAUAAAAAAAAUCUACAAAAAAGACCACAACAUAUUCAAAGUUGUGAACAUUAUGUCCUAUAACGUCAUGGUUUUAAACGAUGCUGCUCUUCAAACUUUGCCUAGACCCGAGAGACGUUUUUGUACGUGUUGGUUUCGUCUCGUCCGUUCGUGUUUGCGGCCCGUCGAGGUCCGCUAAUUCAAAGCCCCUCCCCUUUGUUCGGAUGUCGCUUUCUGCCGUCAGCCGACGAAAGCUGUACGUCUCCCCUUCAGGGUCUACGUCACACUGUUACCUUACUCGUGCCGCCACGGUUCAAUCGUAUCUACCGAGGUACCUAAAACAGUAAUGCCAUCCAUUGGGUCAAAUGUCAUGUUUCCAAGCCCACGCGAAAACACACCUCGACGGGAUCCCGGAAGGAGAAAUAACUAAAAGACAGGAUUAGCUCUUUGUAAACGUAGAAGUGUAUAUCGACUUGUCCAAGUCCACAUUCAAAAAGACAAAACCGUUGCUUGCCGUGACUUGCUUUGUUGUAAAACUGUUACAGACUUUACGUCGAGGUCGCGGGAGAAACUAGUCGUACGGCCCUCGACUUCCUGUCUUUGAGUUAUUUCAGACGACUCUUCGACGGUUUGUACGUCCCUGUUUUUGCACGCACAGAGAAUCCUUUUAUUUUGUGUCCGUUUUUUUAUGAUUAAUUACCGAUUGUAUUUUGGUCAAAACUAUGUGGUGAUCAAACAACUUUUCACUGUUAAUAAAAAGUACAGUCAAA